AUGUUCUUCAAACGUUCCAAAGCAUCCAAACAUCAACCACUCAAAGAAGAACCUUCUUCCAGCAACGAUGACGAACACUCUCCUCAAGUCAGAAACCACAAUAAUCACAACCAUACUGAUAAUUCAUCUGAAGAUCAUUCCUACAACCAAUCUGGGCUCUUCUCCUCUUCCGAUGAAUUGUUGUUAUCCUCUCCUUCGUCAUUGUUGUCGAAUCGAAUACAAUCAGCUUUCAAACGCUCUUCCAAUGAUGAUAGUGGAAGCUCUGGAAAUUUGAAAGAAAAACGAAAGGCUGUUUCAUUUCGAGAUUUUAAAUCCUCGGUGUCAACUGUCAACAAUCAACAAAGUGAAGAGGAAUCACCCAGUACUAAUAUCAAUGUACACACCCGAACGGAAAUGAUGAGAAACAUUGAUGACCAAGAAGAGGUCAUUAUUGAGAGCAAUGAAUCAUCGAAUCAACACGAUGAUUUUGACACUUCUCCAAAUACAGUAAAUUCACUUAGAAGUGAAUAUUACAUGACACACAGUGGACAUCAACGCUCGGCUCGUGAUCGUCACUCCAUCGAUGAAAUUGCCAUGCAACCAAAAAUUAUCAUGUCACGACAAAGUAUUCGUUUUUUGAAAAGUGUCAUUCCAAAAAAAAGAGAAGAACGUACUUGGAGACAUAAACUGUAUCUCAUCAUGAACCAACCUCAAUCGUCACGAUUGGCAACGAUUGUGACAAUUCUAGUGAGCAUUGUAGUACUCAUUUCAGUGAUUGUAUUAAUAUUGGAAUCGUAUGCAACAUUGUAUCAAUAUGAAUUGAUGUGGUGGAUUAUUGAAGGAAUUUUAGCCUUCUUUUUCUCCAUUGAAUAUAUUUUGAGAAUGAUUGGAACCAUUUACACAUGGCGAGAUUUUAGAGAUUUCUUUUUACGAAUGAUGAAUAUUGUGGACUUGCUUUCUUUUAUGCCAUUCUAUUUGGAAGUGGUGCUCUAUUAUAUUUUCAAAUUUUCACUUGGAGAAAGUCAUCAAUUAACUCUCAUGGUCAUGAAUUUACAAAUUCUCGGCGUGUUUCGAGUAUUGAGAUUGUUAAAAUUAUUCACACUCUCCAAACAUUCCAUCAAGGUCAAACUAUUAAUCACAGCCAUGAGAAAAUCUCUCGAUCUACUCUUCUCUGUUAUUUUCUUCAUUUUGAGCGCUGUUUUCAUUUCUGGAACUAUGAUUUAUUAUUGUGAACGAGGAGUGUAUGAUCACACACGCAAAGAAUUUGUUCAUGUCUCUUCAGAUGGAAAGACAAUAGAAGUUUCACCUUUUUCAAAUGUUUUGAUUGGGAUGUGGUAUUCCAUUGUAACCAUUACAACGACUGGAUAUGGAGAUUAUGUGCCACGAAGCACAUUGGGACAAUUCCUAGCAGGAUGUACCAUUGUGUCAGGUUUAUUGUUUGUGGCAUUGCCUUCAUUGAUUAUUGGAAGAACUUAUAGUGAAGUGUUGCAUCAGUAUGAAUUGCAAAAAGCUCAAAUUGACUCUCAAAUGGACCAUACCAGUGAUAAUUAUGAUAAUACAUUACAGACAGACAAUACUUUUUACAAUGAUGAAGAGGAUAGACUCAAUGGAGAGGAAACUUGGGCCAAUAUGAUGAAUGGUGCUGAUGCAGAAGAGAGCAGUGUAUUGGGCAAUGAGAACCAGCGUUCGUCCUUGGAAAGUGUUCGAUCCGUGAGAUCCACGAACAGUGGUGCUUCUUCGAGAAUUCAGAGAGAGGUGAGGCCAUCCUUGGUGGACUUGUCUUCUUCCGAGUUGACCAAUGAAGAGUAUUCACAGCUGGAUCAGGCUUCAGUGUUCAAAUUGUUGGAUGAACAGGAUAAAUUAUUGCAAGAUACAGUGAGACGCAUCGAAAAGACAAGACGUUUGAUUGCAUUGGCGAAAAGAAAGACUUCCAUAGUGGAUGACUAG